GCUAUUAAACCAUUUUUUUUUUAAUUACAUUUCCCGUAACAAAUAUAUAAUAUACUCUCAGCAGAUUUUUGUGUUUGUAGGAAACGAAUAUUACAGUAAGCUUAGAGAAGAGUCAUUGAAUUGAAACUACUAAAAAAUUGUUACUCAUGGCGAUUGAGGCAUGGUUCAUGGACAAUAACAAUGAAGAUCCAAGACUUCCUCACCAUGGCUACCCCAAUGAAUUUGUUUUCUUGGACCAAUUAGCAGAAUUGGGAGUCUUAUACUGGAAGCUGAACCCUAAUGACUGUGAGAAUGAUCAAGAAUUGAAGAACAUUAGAGAAGCCAGAGGAUACAAUUACAUGGAUUUACUUGAUUUAUGUCCGGAGAAAGUUGAAAAUUAUGAAGAGAAGUUGAAGAACUUCUACACUGAGCACAUUCAUGAAGAUGAAGAGAUUCGUUACUGUUUGGAAGGAAGUGGCUACUUCGAUGUUCGAGACAAAAACGAUCGCUGGAUUCGCAUUUGGAUCAAGGCUGGUGAUCUUAUCAUUUUACCAGCAGGAAUCUACCAUCGGUUCACUCUUGACACAAAUAACUAUGUGAAGUUAAUGAGAUUGUUUAUGGGAGAGCCAGUGUGGACAGCAUAUAAUCGACCACAGGAAGAUAACCCUGCUAGAAAGGAAUACAUUAAGGGCUUGACUGAGAAAACUGGUGUGCCACUUGCAGCUCAUUAGGACCCUUAAAUCUAUGCAACUAUAUUUUAUUUUAGACAUUAUAACUUUAUGGUCUGUAAUGGAACUAUUGGAAUGUUGUUGUAUAGAUUUUACCCUAAGAGGAAAAGACCUAUAUAUCUAUGAACCUAAAACAGAUAAAGUAUGGGAAGAAUCUGUCUUAAAGAAUUUUAAGAGCAUUAGUGUUUGUUAACUUAUGA